AGAGAGAAUACAAGAUGCUCAAGGAAGCUCAGAUGCAAAGUGGCGCUGGUUGGGAUGAGAAGACCUGCAUGAUAGUUGCUGAGAAGGCUUUGUGGGAUAACCUAGAAAUCUCCUUUCCAAGAAUUGGGAAAUUCAAGAGAAAUGGCUUUCCUAUGUAUGAUUCUCUUGGAGAUCUAUAUGAUGGCCAAAUAGCUGAGGGGAAUCACAAUUUCACUUCAAGCUCUAAGGCAUCUCAACUUGAUGAAGAGUUAGAAGAUGAGAGAGUGCAAGAAGCUGUGUCUGAAUUUGAUGAGGACUUGCAAAUUCUGGAUGAAGACCCUACUGAAAAGAAAGAUGAGGGCACGGGAAGUUCAGCCAACCAAGUGAAUGUUGGUGAAAGAAUGGAGAAGAAGGCAACUGGUGUACCAAAGAAAAUUCCUCCAAAGGAAUUAAAGAAGCCUAUUAAGAGCGAUGAAAUGGUGCAAGUAGUAGACAGUGCAUUGCAACUGUAA